UCAGCCCUUCCCUCUCUACCGCUGCCCCACCCCUCCGGCCCGGACCGGAAAUGAGGUUAGAGAGGGAAGCCCUGGCGGGGAGACUCAGCCGGAGAAGCGGUGGCUCCAGGAGGCGGAGGCGACGGCAGCUGAUGUGGCCCUCAUGGAUGAGCUGGUGCAUGACCUAGCGUCCGCCUUGGAGCAGACCUCGGAGCAGAACAAGCUGGGGGAGCUGUGGGAGGAGAUGGCUCUGAGCCCUCGGCCGCAGAGGCGGCAGCUUCGCAAGCGCCGCGGCCGGAAGCGCCGCUCUGACUUCAGUCACCUGGCGGAGCACACCUGCUGCUACAGUGAGGCUUCAGAGUCGAGCCUGGACGAGGCCCUCAAGGACUGUCGAGACGUGGCCCCGCUCACCAAUUUCAGCGACUCUGACGACACCGUGGUGGCCAGACGGCACCCGGCAGCUCUCAGUGCCAUUGUGAAGAGUAAGCAGCACUCUUGGCCGGAGUCCGACUCCUUCACGGAAAACGCGCCCUGUCGGCCACUCAGGCGCCGGCGCAAGGUGAAGCGGGUGACAUCGGAGGUGGCCGCCAGUCUGCAGCAGAAGCUGAAGGUGUCGGAUUGGAGCUACGAGAGAGGCUGCAGGUUCAAGUCUGCGAAGAAGCAGCGGCUGUCCCGCUGGAAGGAGAAUACCCCCUGGGCCUCGGCAGGCCACGGGCUGUGUGAAUCAGCAGAAAAUAGGACUUUUCUGAGCAAAUCAGGAAGGAAAGAAAGGAUGGAGUGCGAAGCAGAUGAGCAGAAACAGGGCUCUGACGAGAACAUGUCAGAAUGUGAAACCAGCAGUGUGUGUAGCAGCAGCGACACCGGGCUGUUUACCAACGAUGAAGGACGACAAGGGGACGAUGAGCAGAGCGACUGGUUCUAUGAAGGAGAAUGUGUCCCAGGAUUCACUGUCCCCAACCUGCUGCCGAAGUGGACUCCUGAUCAUUGUUCUGAAGUGGAAAGAAUGGAUUCUGGAUUGGAUAAGCUUUCAGAUUCCACAUUCCUCUUGCCCUUCCGGCCAACUCAGAGAGGGUACCAUGCUCGCUUGAAUCGUCUGCCUGGAGCUGCAGCACGCUGCCUCAGAAAGGGGCGAAGACGGCUGGGCAAGGAGACCAGCAUGAGCCCUUUGGGUACGGAGAGGAUAAGCCGUAUUAUUAGAGACCCCCGGCAGAAAGAAAAGAACAAAGCCUUGGCUUCUGAUUUCCCUCACAUUUCUGCUUGUGCCCAAGAGUGCAACCCUCUCUCUCCCCUCUACUCCCUGGAUGUUCUUGCUGAUGCUUCUCACCGAAGAUGCUCACCAGCACACUGCUCGGCCAGACAGGCCAGUGUUCACUGGGCACCGCCAUGUUCACGCGACAUCAAGAGGAAGCGGAAGCCUGUGGCCACAGCAUCUCUGUCCAGCCCCACUGCAGUUCAGGUAGAUGCCAUGGAGUCAAGCACACCAGUACCGCAAGCCCAGAAAUUGGUCGCUUCGGAGUGGCUGGGCAGGACCCCCGCAGCAGAGAAGGCCGCCGACUCCCCUCCAGCUCCGUCUUUUAAAACCCCACAGGACAACAGCCCUGAUGCGGCUGGAGAGCGCUGUCCGCCCGCGGGGUGCUGACCGGGCGUGUGGAAGCCAGUGCUGGUCUUUGCUUUGUGUGCACGUCUUACCCAGCAGUUCCUGUCCUUCCUUUCACCACUAGGACUGACACCCCAGCCGUGGACUCUUCUCUUAGAAAUCAUGUUAUGGGAAUCCUUGUUUUUUUUUUUAAUGAGCAGAGUGUUAAGGCAGCAGUUCUUUUAAAAAAAAGUCAUCCUAAGCUGUUGUUAUUAUUGCAAUUCCAGUGUUUACCUGCAGCUGCAUAUAGGAACUGUUGCUUUUUUUGUAGUUGUGUCUAGUAACUGCUUUUGCAUAUGUUUUAUUUAGUUUUUUUUUUUAAAUAUCAUUAAGCAAGUCCCAAAUAUGUAGCCAUUUCCAAACAGAUUUACAUAUUGAACUGAGGUCUGUGUGGAAUUGUGUUUGCAGGAGGAGGCUCUCCAUUGAGCCUGGCCCUGGUUCACUGAGUGCCAGUAAGAUAAACCUGUUGAGUUCUCAGUCUGGAACCUCAGCAGACACACAAGCAGCUUGUGUCUUGGGAACCUGUUCCAUCUGACCGCGCGUGGUCUGGUGGGGUCGCCAGCAGUGGCGCUGUGCUCUCCCUCAUCUCCAAAGUUCCUGCUGUACCCAGACGGCCUUGCUGUCCCCGUCCGCAUAGAGGAGCGCAGUGAAGGUGAUGGCUUGGGUGUAUGGCCGACUUAAAGCAGCCAGUGGAGUGUGUCUUAAACUACUUCAUGCCCCAGUGUCAGCCUUUCUUGUCCUGAGCGGAACCUCAUUGUUAGUGUUACAGGUCGACAGCCCACAGCCGAAAUUCAUCCUCUAUUAUCGUAACGGUUUCUUGAGGCCAUGCUUUGGAGAGGAAACAUGUCUUGGUAACAUACCGUUACACUUGGCGUGUUUAUGACUGCUUAGCUGCGUGCGGAGUUAUAUACACAGUCAGGCCUGAAGCUGGAUGCUGCCUUGUCAAAAUGAGGAAUAAGUGACUGCCUGGGGCCGAUGGAGAAAAGCCACACUUUCUGAAAAGCAUCACUCAGAGUGGCCGUCGUGCAAGGGCCUGGUUGACAGAGGACUCACUUUUUGUACAAAAUGACUGUUUGGCUCUGAAAUGUGUCAUAGCUGUUUUUUCUCUGCUCUGGUCACUCUGUAGAGGAACCCUCUCUCCUAGGUGCUGAGGGGACAGGGCCUCCUGUCCUCUUGGUGCAGGUGUUCCUGUCCACACUCAGUGUUGUGAUGGGCUGGCUGCUCUUCAGUGUUCCUUCUAGAAAAGUUCUGCACCUUGUCCGUGGAGACUCCAGUCUGUACCAGAAAAGUAGGGAGGGAGGUGGGGUGGGCAUGGGUCCAGCUGGGAAGGGACAUUUGGUACCAAGUUUGUAAAGCACUUUAUAUAAGACAGAGGGUGUGGCCAUGGUCUAUAAAUACUGUGGAGGAAGGGACAAGAGGAGACUGCGAUGAUGGAGUGCCUGCCAAAGCUGGCCCGUCAUCCCUCGGAACUCGCCUGGCUGUCAGGAGUGCGCCGCCCCGGCCUGCACCCGGGGACAUACAGGAACAUUCAGUCUGCUGAACAUCCUCCAGCUCUACUGUAUUGUUUUCAUGCUUUUUCUUACCUCAUCUCCAUGAUAAAACAUACUCGAAUGAGUUUGUGGGUGAGGUCUAUGGGUAUAGUUUUUUUUUUUCCUUUGUGCCAAGCACCAUGGCUCAUGUAGAUGGAUCCCACGGAGGCCUCUGCAGUUCAGGUGGCAAAGGUGUGCCAACAUCUUUUCUUCAUAAUAGUGUCCUUUCUACCUAUGAUUAAAACACAUUUAUGAAUACACCCUUACUUGCAUUUUAAACAGCUCCAGUUAGUCGUGCCAUUCUAUAUAGAGAUGAAAACCAUCAUGGGGGUGAGUAAUUUGUUUAAAAUCAUGUAACUAAGUCAGGACUUUUUCUAAGCCUCUAAGCCUCAAACUUCUCUGUUCUG